AUGGCGGCUGACAUUACGGAUCGAGCCUCAAAAAGCCCAGUGGCUGCGGUCGCAGUCCUCUACUACGAUGACAUGGACGACAUAGACGAAAACGACCGCACGCACUUUAUCGACAAUCUUAGGGCGACCCUCGUGGCGACCCUCAUCGUUCAGCACGCAAUCAACGAGACAGCAGCCACAUCAUACCCCCAUUUCGACUCGCUGCCGCUCAGUCUAUUCGUUCUAUUGAGCAAGACCGUCGUCCCUGGAUUGUUCUUCCUUAUCUCAGGAUACGCAUCAUCGAUUACACGGAUCACAGAGUCCUCGGGGUAUUACGGUGGAGGAAGAAGCGAUGCAGAGUUUAUCUGGAGGAAGACCAUCAGGCUGCUCCUACCAGCGCUGGUUUACGGGGGAAUUGGACAUGUGGUCCUGUGGAUGGUGUUGACCAAGAGUCUGCCGUCCACUUUCUUUGAUGGUGGUCCUCUAGCCUGGAGUUUCUCCCGCCUCGAAGGGCCCAUCGCCUACCUCGCCUUUCUCUACCUCAUGGACAUGGCCUACGUCUCCCUAUUUCCAGCGAGAAGAGGCGCCUCUCCUCUCCCUUCCGAGAAACGACGGAGCCAGCCCCGAUCGUUCGAAACACUGGUCAAAUCGAAGCGGGACUGGUACACGGCCGUCCUCGCUGCCGUCCUGCUCCUCUCGAUAUGGACCUUCCUCGUGGCUGCUUCAGGACGAACAGACCAGCCCACGUUCACGUUCCCCAUCAGCUUCGCAGCGUACGACCCCAUUUCCCCAGUGGCACCCUUCCAAUACAUCUUUGCCUACAUGGCUGGCGCUCGGCUGUACAAGUGGCAGAAUCACAUCCUCAUUCCGUACAACUACGCUGUUCCAGCCUUUGCGCUGUCCCUCGUGACCUCUUUGGGCACCUUUAUCCUUGCCCACGAGUAUUCGCCCUCCCUCCAGAAACUGCUGGACCUCAACACCCCAUCAGCAAUCCAUCCUUCCUUCGUGGAUGGUGGUUUCAACCUCCACACGCUCUUCUACGCGGUCUGGACCACCUGCUCCUUCGUCGCCAUUUCCCUGACCCUGGUAUCGAUCUUCGCUCAUUCGGGCUGGACGAGACGAGACUGGGGCGUCGUCACGAAGCAUUGCUACCUCCCCGUCUGGCUGCACAUGCUUCCGAUUGCUGUCCUGACGAGAUCGUUUGCCGCGGAUGAAGGCCGCUGGGGCGAACUUUGGGAACGAGGUGUUGAGUGGAGGUGUUUCUUGGUUUCUGGGGGUUCUGUUCUUUUCAGUUGGGUUGCUAGUUUUUUUAUUGUUUUUAUGGGACGGAUACUAUCAUAUUAA